CGUACGAGCUCUGUAAAACGGCUGAUAUGACGAACAUUCCAAUGACCCAAACGACGACAACUUCCAUACGAACCGUUCAAUUGUACGCAGUAAACCACACCAGACGGUAGUACGAGCACACUCAGCAGUGAUAAAAGUGUUUUAAAAUGAAUCAAUGGUACCUUUCGUGUAAUUCCUCCAUUUUGAAAAGAUUGAAAGUGCAGUUCUGUGUAAAUGUGCAAAACGAUAAGCAAUAAAUUCCUCGUAUUUCUGGGUUCAACGUGACACUGCGAUCUUCGAACGAUCAUACGCAAAUAAAACAUGGAGUCCCAAGAAAUCAACAUAUCCAACGUGCCAGAAAACAGACAAGCAGCAUCCAGCGGUGGAUCAAGACCUGCAAAAAACGUUGCAACCAGGAACGGAUCAACUCUGCAUGGUGUUGCUUACCACAUACGACUGACAAUGAUCAUUCUUUUCCGCGCAUACUCAUUGCACCGGCAAGGAAAACUUUCUCAAUUUGAGUUAAAAAUGGAGGUUGCCGAUGCAGGAAAGUUCGAUGACCUCAAGAUUCACUACGCAUCAUCUUCUACUUCUGAAGGAACUGUUUACAUACAAGCCAAACACAAACAGCCAUCCGCAAAGCCAACGAAAACGAAACAAAUGCACCCAAACCAUCCGUACACCCCGACGCUCAGAGAGCGCCCGUCAAUUACGGAAGCAACGCUACUCACGAGAUGGAAUUCUCGUGGUCCAUUUUCAAUUCCUAAAUACUUUAUAUCCUAUCUUGAGGGAUGUGAAAAGUUGUCCUCAGGAGCGCACACAUUCCUGCUGUGCACAAAUGCAACGAUCGACAGCAAACUUAAACAUAAACUAACGUUACAAAAACAUGGCAGCGAGGAUAUACUGUCCUUUUGCGACGACAUAGGAGCAACGUGUUACAGCCUUAACGCAGUAAAUGAGUUUGAUGCCCUGAUUGAUGCAUUGCGGCAAGCAAGUCUAGAGAAGCUUGGGCAGAUGAUCGUACUACAUGUUCGCUAUAACACAAAAAUUGAAUCGAAUUAUUCCUCACUAAACGUUUAUGCCAAUCUAAUACACAGGUGCGUCGAGGAAUUUGGCACAGCGACCGGGAAGUUUAAGUUAAGUCAACGAUUACUCACUGCAUGUGAGUCAUCAGUCAUGGGAAAGCUUCGAGCUGUUCUUGAAAGUGAAUUUAAUAGGCUUAUCAGGGCUAAGCAAAGUGAUGGUAGUUGCGACAACUGGGAGGAUAUGCAAAUCUCGAUCCAUAAAUCUUUCUUUGAACCAGCUUCAAAAGCUACACCAACCACUAUGGAACCUGACACAUUUUACUACGAAAAGGUGGACCAUGUUAUACGGCGAUUUUGCAAAGAGUUUAUGCUUGUAUGUGGAUCCUUAAGCGAGAAACAGCUUUACAAUAGCGUUCUAGAAAGAAUGCCACAAUGGGUGGACGAUAGAGUGACUACGCAUAACAUGCUGUUCCAGCGACUGUUUGAUUCGAUGAAAUUGUCCCAUCCAGUUCCUAUGGAUUUGCAAUAUUUAAAACAACAGUUCAUCCGUAUGAAUGUGAACUAUUGCUUUGCUAAAUUCCAAUUUUCAUCACAGUGUGAUCUUACACUAUGGCAGCUGGAUUAUCGAUAUAUCGUUGUUCGACCAGAUCGACUUCAACACACUGAGCUGUACGAGUUUCUCCGUGAUGAGGCCGUUUAUGAACAUUAUCAAUAUUAUACCACAACGGAUAUCAUAGUGUACUCUCUCAUCGCUUCCCAAACCGUGGCAUUGCUUCAAUGCAAAGCAUUAUUCAUACACUAUGCCGCGAAUGAUUUUAACGAGAAUAUAUGUGAGGUUCUCAGUGUCUUACUAAACUUCAUUUCAGAGGUUGAUCCCUCCACUAGCACCAUAAUAAUGACCAUUGAUCAGUCGAAGAAAAAAGUACUGCCAGAAAUUCAAAGAUAUGCUAAAACAUUUAAGAUAAAGUUCAUAGUAAUCGAAGAAGUACUUGAAGCACGACCCGAUGAAGACCGUUUCUACGUGCGUGAUCUUACCGAUGAGGUACGGCAACAGCUGUACGCUGAACGUUGCAAUCUAACUUUAAAUCUUUUCGAAACCACUGUAUCGCUGAGAGGAAUAGUGACAGAUGACGAUAGCUUAAGUUUUGUUUGUAAUUUAAUUGACAAUUAUCACACACUAAAAAAUAUUACGUAUAUUGAAUCGAAACAACAAAACUUUGAAGCAAUUAAACUCGGCUAUAUUUCACGCACCGUCCUUCCAUACGGUGAAAAAAAUGAAAAGCAUGCAAUAGAACAGGAGGAGUCUACUAACUUUACUUUUAUGUACGAACAAGAAGCACCAGUGGAUGAUAUUCGUUUCAAUAGUGCCAAGUUUUCUCAAAUACUUGAAUCUCUAUCAUUUGUAAAUGAUAUACCAUGCACCAUUCCUGAUGAUUUCAAGCACCACAAUGAAGCAAACGUACAUAUUAUACUUGAUGAAGCUGGCACAGGAAAGACAACAUACUUCACAUGGCUUGCGCAUGCUUUGUCAAUCGAUAAUCCGUUACAGUAUGUGAUACGAAUUAAUGCUUCGCAGUAUUGCACGGACUACAAAAGAUGGCAAGCAUCCGACAUUAAGUUGCUUGAUGACACAACUAUGCUCAGGUUUCUUUACCGCCUUAUUCAUCUUACCUUUUACGUUACGAACGUUUACGGGUUUUCGAUUAAAACAACUGAUGUUGUAAGAAACCAAGGUGAUCGAGCCGCAGAGCUUUUGACGCUAGACAACGGGAAAGUCUAUGUAAAUACAUGUAAAUCAAAAAUUUCUCAAUUAACAUUUGCACAGUUGACGGAGCUAAAAGUAUUCCAGGAUAAAUUCAACAAAAGGCAACUGAUCAUCUUACUCGAUGCGCUUGACGAAACUGCUCCUUUUUAUAAGGAGUUUGUAGUGAAGUUUUUUGGAAGGAUUGCAAAAAUGAAAGGAAUUCGAACUCUGUUCCUUUCCACAAGACCAUACGACUACAUGCAAGAGUUGAAAAAUACAUUCUCUAAUGGUCGAAUGUAUUAUCUUAAACCAUUAACACAGUGCGAGCAGCUGCGAUUUGUUCAUAAUUAUUUGAUGCACGAACUAGAAGAUUACAAACAAUGCGACAAGAGCGAAUGUUGUAAAAUUUUAGGACUCCAAUACGUUCGAUUUGUGCGAUAUUUAGGAGAUUUGAAGCAAAUACCUUUAUUUCUUCAUAUGGCAUGUGUCGUACAACUACCUAUAGCAAAAAAACAUAUUGAUUUUAAACGCCGCACUGUGAAUAUAGCGCAGCUUUUUCAAACAAAUGUAGAUCGUUUAACUAUAAUAGAGCAUUUCAUAGAACGUAAACUAAAAAUUUUAAUAUUUCCAAAAACUGGAAUAGCAGAAUCGGCCUUCCAACGCCCCGACCAGAAAAAGGAUGAUGAAAGGUUUUGCCAAAACAUUAAAAAACGGCACAUUUUAUUGGCCAUGCUAGUAUUAUUCAAUGAAAAGCAAUUAAACGUGCUAAUGUCAACACAAGACAAGCAAAAAAUAAGAAAAAUGAUUGAAGAAGUGCUUGGAGGAAUUGAAAAAACUGGAAUCAUUAUAGGAGUUCAUGAUCAAAAACCUCAGUUUACUCAUCGAAUAUUUGCCGAGUACUUUGCAGCUUGCUGGAUGAUCGAUAACAAGAACCGUUUGAAAAACGAGAGCUUCUUCCGAUCAUGGUCAUAUUGUAGAGCUGAAUUACAUCACAUGCAUGAUUUGUUCAAUCGAAUCAUUCUUAAAGAAAGCAUCGGAUGUGAUCUUCACAUGGCCGUUAUCAAUCAAUUACCAUGGCAGGUUAGUGACUUGCUAUCUACUCACCCAGCAGCAGCAUUAGUGAAAGAUGGCGAGGGUCGAUUGCCGCUUCACUUGGCUGUAAUGUAUCCAUCACUGGAAAUAGUACAUUUAUUGCUCAAUCAAAUGUCCGUUCAGUCCAUCAACACAGUAGAUCAGCUUUUUGGUUGGACGGCCUUGGAUUACGCAUUCGCCUUGCGCAACGAAUUGGCCACCACAAGAAUAUUAUCAGCUGGAGCGACAGUCAACGAGCACAUACUUCUUGAACAAAUACUUUCCAACAGCUUGUAUCACAUAUUAAGAGGUAUACAUGUUUAUGGGAAAUAUCUUAGGUCAAUCGAAAGUUCCAGUACAAUUGCAAAUCACCUUCAAAGUCGUGCGGUCGAUUAUUUACUCAACGAACUUUGUAUUGACAUUACCUCUCGUUUCGACGUACUGAAUUCUCAAACAGUUCUUGAGUUUUGCAUCAGUAAUAAAUAUCAGGAAUUGGCCAAACAAUUUCUGUCCCAAAUCACCGAUCCUCACAAGAUUUCGGAAAAUGAUUACAAUUCAAUCUUCCAGCUGGCAUUCAAGAACAAUGCUCACGAAAUAAUUGUAUAUUUGAUCGAUGACCGUAACAUUCCUCUACCACAACCUAAUGACAUUGCUGGACUCGUCUCUGCUGUUAAAUAUACCAUACAAUUUAAUAUUUUUACUUCGUUCAAAAUUAUCUUUAAACACCUCUGCAUCCUACAAAACAUCCCUCUGAACGAAGAAACUGAUAUUUCUGACGAUUUUUGUUUUUCAACAAUAACAAUCUUGAACGGUAAUCGUCCCCCUAAGGUAUGCUGUGUACGUUCCUCAAGCAACGUUCAAUUACCAUUUCCUGAGUAUCAUGCAAACGAUAUGCUGCAUGACGGAUACGUUUUAGAAGCUCUUCUAGCUUAUGCAGUGUGCAAUGGAAACGCUCCCAUCCUACGAUACAUCCAUCGCAAGGCCAACAUCUCCAUCACCAACAGACUCAUCGCAACGAUCAUGCGACUACUUCCCAAAGAGGAAGGCGUUUGUCACCAGCAGUCGAUGUCUGCAUUCCAAUAUCUUCUUGACAAUACUACCGAUCUGGACAGUAUGGACGAAAAGGGUCGGAAUCUACUACACAUGACUGCUCAAAAUGGUUGUUUUUUCAUGUUGCAUUGUUUAAUUACUCGAGGAUUCGACCUGGCUACAAUAAACCCCAUAAAUGGCCGGAAUGUGUUUUAUUACGCUACAACAAGUGAAGAUAACGAUCGUUCCGAUAAGAUCUUGACAUAUUUGUUUAAAAAUUGCCGAAUGAUAUGGUUUCAUCUAUUCGCUGAAUCGCUACACUGGGGAGCCUGUGAGGUCACUGAAAACAUCUCUUUUAAUAUCAAUGAAACUAAAGAUACAACAAAUAUGAUCAAGCUUACAAAACGGCAAUAUAGUUUGUUGGCUUGGUUGUGUUUGUUACACAAAAAUGAUCCUAAUCCGUUGAAUGACUUGGAACAACAGGAAGCUUUCCAAUGCUUGAAACAGCUAAUUGAAGCCAAACAGAAGACUAUGUUCAUCACUGGAGCUCAUGGUGAUACUCCCCACUUUACUCAUCGCUUAAUUGCUCAGUUCUAUGCGGCUUGCUGGAUGAUCGAUAACAAGAACCGUUUGAAAAACGAGAGCUUCUUCCGAUCAUGGUCAUGCUGGCAUGGUAAAUUGCAUCACAUAGCUAACUUUUUCAACCAAUUCGUUCUUAGCAAAAAUACACGAAAUGAUCUUCACAUGGCUGUUAUCAAUCAAUCAACAGAUCUUGUUCAAAAGAUACUCUCCAACAAUAAAUCAACUGCAUUAGUGAAAGAUGGCGAGGGUAGACUGCCGCUUCAUUUGGCUGUAAUAUACCCAUCACUGAAAAUAGUACAUUUAUUGCUCAAUCAAAUGUCCGUUCAGUCCAUCAACACAGUAGAUCAGCUUUUUGGUUGGACGGCCUUGGAUUACGCAUUCGCCUGGCGCGACGAAUUGGCCACCACAAGAAUAUUAUCAGCUGGAGCGACAGUCAACGAGCACAUACUUCUUGAACAAAUACUUUCCAACAACUUGUAUCACAUAUUAAGUGGUAUACAUGUUUAUGGGAAAUAUCUUAGGUCAAUCGAAAGUUCCAGUACAAUUGCAAAUCACCUUCAAAGUCGUGCGGUCGAUUAUUUACUCAACGAACUUUGUAUUGACAUUACCUCUCGUUUCGACGUACUGAAUUCUCAAACAGUUCUUGAGUUUUGCAUCAGUAAUAAAUAUCAGGAAUUGGCCAAACAAUUUCUGUCCCAAAUCACCGAUCCUCACAAGAUUUCGGAAAAUGAUUACAAUUCAAUCUUCCAGCUGGCAUUCAAGAACAAUGCUCACGAAAUAAUUGUAUAUUUGAUCGAUGACCGUAACAUUCCUCUACCACAACCCAAUGACAUUGCUGGACUCGUCUCUGCUGUUAAAUAUACCAUACAAUUUAAUAUUUUUACUUCGUUCAAAAUUAUCUUUAAACACCUCUGCAUCCUACAAAACAUCCCUCUGAACGAAGAAACUGAUAUUUCUGACGAUUUUUGUUUUUCAACAAUAACAAUCUUGAACGGUAAUCGUCCCCCUAAGGUAUGCUGUGUACGUUCCUCAAGCAACGUUCAAUUACCAUUUCCUGAGUAUCAUGCAAACGAUAUGCUGCAUGACGGAUACGUUUUAGAAGCUCUUCUAGCUUAUGCAGUGUGCAAUGGAAACGCUCCCAUCCUACGAUACAUCCAUCGCAAGGCCAACAUCUCCAUCACCAACAGACUCAUCGCAACGAUCAUGCGACUACUUCCCAAAGAGGAAGGCGUUUGUCACCAGCAGUCGAUGUCUGCAUUCCAAUAUCUUCUUGACAAUACUACCGAUCUGGACAGUAUGGACGAAAAGGGUCGGAAUCUACUACACAUGACUGCUCAAAAUGGUUGUUUUUUCAUGUUGCAUUGUUUAAUUACUCGAGGAUUCGACCCAGCUACAAUAAACCCUACAAAUGGCUGGAAUGUGUUUCAUUAUGUCACGACCAACGAAGAUGACGAUCGUUCGGACAAGAUCUUGACAUAUUUGUUUAAAAAUUGCCGAAUGAUUUGGUUUGGUCUGUUAGAUAACAUGCUACUGUGGAAACGACCAUGCGGUAUCUAAAAGAUUCUUGAUCAACAUCAAUGACAAUCAAGGCCCGUAUGAUUUGUUGCAUUAGUUGUUUUUACUUGCCUGACGUGUACAACGAGAAGCUUUCCAAUGUUUGAAAUACAUUUGUAUGAGCAGUCCUUUAGCCUCAUUCGCCUCUUCAAUUCGAAAUAUAUUAUCACUUUUGCCAAAUUCGAAGUUUGUUUGCUGUACACAAUACCAACAGAUACCACACACUUAUUUCAAUGCAUGUUCUUUGAGACAUAUGUACUUCACCGUGGAAUCAUGAACGCCUCCUUUUGAGGUCUGCCUCAGCGGAUACAUUACAGUGAUAUGAAGAUAUAAAUUAAACCAUUCUGCAGUACUUUAGUAUAGUAAAACGUAUAAUUUUAAUUACAAUAAUAUCUAAUUUUAUUAUUCAGGCUCAUAGAUCGAUCCUGUAUGAGUAUGAGUCGAUCCGUUUUAAAUGCCAAUCCAAUGUGUGUACAAAACAGUCGCGUUGUUUUAUUUGUAUUCUAAAAUACUUGAGAUAAUGGGACAGAAUAAAAAAAAACAAGAAAAUGUUAUAAUUGUUUUCAAUUUCU